ACACUGGCUUUAUUUCUUUCAAAAUGAAUAUAAUAUAAUUACUUGAUGUCUCGCAACGUGAGUGGUACUACUUGAUUCCCUAUUUCCGGUUUAAUAGUCCCUAUUCAUAGAGUUAUGUCCCUGUAUUAUAUAGUACCGUAUAAUGAAUUGUGUCUGGGUAGUUCGAGAAAAAAAUGUCACACGGAGAAUUCAGUUUUGUUUAUAAAAUUUUAUUCAACAUUUUAUACACGUUGAAAGUGUUCAGAAAGCCUUCUAGUCUUCAAAUGUGGAUUAUCCUUGUGUCAAUAUCCAAAAUGACAGGCAUAUUAAUGAUUCGCAGUUACUGCGAAUCAAAAACUUUAGAUUUUAAUUUUUGAUUAGCAACGGACAAAAUAUGUAUCGCAAAUUGCGCUGCGAUACUGGUUGUCGGCAGCCCUGGUAGGCAAUAGGGAUACAAUAACAAUGAGGACUAGCCUUUAUGAUUAUCAGACAUCCGUACUAAAGUAAUUACAUUUGCAUCAUCAACAACUGUACACCAGCCAAAGAUAAAAAAAAACCUGCACAUUCAAAGAUAAGAUGUUGGUGUGGAUGAUGUGUGCUUGUCUACUACAAUCAGUCAGCUGUGAAAUGGUUGAAGGCAGCCAAGGAGUUGACGGAGGUUCAUUCUCUGUUCAAGACACAGAAGAAAUACAUCAUGUGACAGAUAAAACCUUUGACAAUCAGGAAGUGACGUACAGUAGCGAUUCUGCCAACAAAGAUGACAUUGUUAAAAGUGAAACUCAGACAUUCACUAAAAAAGAAAGUAAAUCAGAAAAUGAUCAGACAGAAAUGUCGGAGGAAGUCAGAAUUCUGGGUGAUCAAUCUGAAUCUGUUUUAUCCGAGGAAAAAGGCACCACCCAGAAUAAUCCAGAAGUAUUCUCAUUAACUAAUUUUAUUAAAAAAUGGUUGAAUCCUGUUUUACAAGAAUUUCAAGAAGGGCUGAAUUUGGGUAAAGAUAAAAAUGAAACUGAAUUAUCAAACAGCACGCAGAUUACCACAGUCAAGCAGACAAAUGAAACACACAUGGAGGACAUAAAAAAUAUCACAGAUACAUCAAAAAAGAUGAAGUUUAAUUGUACUGGAAGAAAUGUCACUGAGAAUACUACGGCUGUAGUUCGUAUUGUUAACAGUACCACACUGCUGGACUUCUUAAGCUUUGAUAAAAAUAACAAUUCUACGGAUUGUGUUUUAAUCAUGUUUUAUGCCCCCUGGUGUCCCUUUUGUGCGAAGACAGCUGCCCAGUUUAAUGCAGUGGGACGAGCAUUUAAACAACUAGAUGUAUUAGCAGUGGAUGCUAUUCAUUUUAGCAAUUUAAAUGCGAGGUUUGGGACAGUAGCUGUACCUAAUAUAAUGGUGUUUCAUCAGUCUAGAUCAGCUGUUCGAUUCAAUCAGACCAACAGAAGUUUUCAACAACUUGUUGAAUUUGUCACUAAUGUUACAGGUUUAGAAGCUAAUUCAUCUAUAGAAGUAGAAGAAGAAGAUUUUAUAGGACCAUUAAGUAGUAUACCAACUGUUGAAUCCGAUUAUUUAUUAUGGUGUGCCUGGAUAUUUAUAUUAUUAUGUACAAGUCAUCUUUUUAUUAACAGUCGAUACGGACAAGGUGCUAUAGACAAAGUUCGUACUUUAUGGCAAGAACAUCAACAUAUUGAAUAGUUGUGGCCUUCACAAUUUCAAAAGACCAACAAACCAAUUAUCAAUCAUGGCUGUGACUGGAGUAGAUCCUCCGAAAUUUUUAAGGAACAAGGGAAUGAUGAUCUAAUAUGACUAUCAUUGUCGUCGACUCAUGUUGGAAUAGUGGAGGAAAAGCAAUGAACCUAUUAUCAGUGAUUGCUGUGGAGAAGAGUUGUGCUAUUUCUAAAUUUGAAAAUGAUGAUUCAAUAUGGCUGUAGUUUUGUAGAUACAGUGGUGGAAUAAUGGAGAACUACCAUGGUGAUCCAAGAAGUACAUGUACAUAGAAGGAAUUUCAAGAAAAAUGAGUUAAUCAAAAAAUUGUGAUACACUACUAGGGCCCAAGCCUUGAAAUAGGGCAACUAUCACAGACAAUCUCAGGCACAAAUUCUGGAUUUGUCAGACACAGUUCUCCUGGUGCCUAUCAUUCUGGUCUUAUUUUUAUGUUUUUACCAAUAUUUUUAGUACAUAAAUUUAUAUUUGCCAGGUACAACUUCUGGUAUAACUGUUAUUUCAAGGCCUAAUGUCUAGUUAUAAUGUGAUAAAAUUUAACAUUUCAAAAUUUACAUUAUCUAUUCAUGUAUUUAGAAUAAGCAGUUUGGGCAUUCAUUUAUUAGUGAAUCACUACAUCGAGGGUGGCUCAGUGGUUUAAAUUGUAGAUGGAUGGUUUUGAGGGUGGCUCAGUGGUCUAAAUUGUUAAUGGAUGGUUGCGAGGAUGGCUCAGUUGUCUAAAUUGUAGAUGGGUGGUUUUGAGGGUGGCUCAGUGGUCUAAAUUGUAGAUUAAUGGUUGCGAGGGUGGCUCAGUUGUCUAAAUUGUAGAUGGAUGGUUGCGAGGGUGGCUCAGUUGUCUAAAUUGUAGAUGGAUGGUUGCGAGGGUGGCUCAGUGGUCUGAAUGGUAGAGGGAAAGGGGUGCAGAGUAGCUGAAUGCUCUGAAACAGAAUGGCAGACAGAAAAAAUAGUGCAGGGUGGCUGAGUUGUCAAUUUCUAAGUCAUGGAUAAUAAAGUCUGGCAUCAAUGUUAAGUUGGAUCCUAUACCAACAUAACAAGGGAAGCUGUGGUGGGUCAGUGUUCAAAUCAGACAAAAAAAUAGUGGUCCCAUGUAAACAUUGGUGUGCACGUAAAAUAACCCUUGACAGUUAGAAUUCGAAAUAAGAGUAGCCCAUAGCGCCACUGUACUGGCAAAAUUUCCUUCAUAACCCACUGUUUGCUGUAUGCCGGAGUUCAUCAUAUGUAUUUUAUCAGUUAUCAGCCAAUCUGUUUGAAAUUUAUAUGAUUUAUUUAAAUUAGUGAAACAAAGAAUCCUCGAAUUUCAGGAAUUUCCGUUAAUUGCUUCUAGACUUUUGUCCCUUGUUUCACUUUUUGAAACCUUGUGGACUCUCUAACAAAAGACAUCAUUUAAUCUGUAUCAACUUUAUAUGCAAUAUUUAAAUACAUGUAAGUGAAACGAAAAAGCCUAUCGAAUUUUAGGAAUUUCUUUUAAUUACUUCUAGAGUUGUGGUCCUUGUUUCACUUUGUAGAAUCUUGUGAAUACUAUUUCAACAAAAGUUAUCAUCCGAUCUAUGUAUGAAAUUGAUAUCAGUGUCUUGUAAAUGCCCCCAUUAUCUACUAAAUAAUAAAUUUGUGGAUGAUUUAGCUGCUUUGGGCAUAUGUUUCGUGGGGGAGGGGGGGGGGUUGGAUGGCUGUAUGGCUAGCAUGUGCGCGCUGUACUAUAAAGUCUGUCAUUCAACUGGUGUGUGGUUUCGAUUCCUCGGUUGUACGUGGAUUUUCUCCGGGUCCUCCCACUGCUAAAAACCCCUACACACAAGUGAAUUAUUGAAAUAAAAUAGUUUGUGUCGAGUGGACGUUAAACCCCAUUUCUCUCUCUCUAUCACAUGUUUCAUUGUCUGGCAACCUAUCUUAAAGUUUAACUACUGUCUGUGUGAUGUAUAACAGAUAUAUGGUCAAUAAAAGUAAAAACACCAGAGGAUGUAUAAACUAUUUUGUUAACUAAGUAGACCAAUAAAAACAGUUGCCAAGCUAUCAAAUGUCACCAUUUAAAAUAAACUCUUAAUGUUCAUAGCCAUUGCUUUGGGAAUGAGUCCUACCUUCUAAUUAAGGCAAAGUCCAAUCACCCGAUUUGAUAUUACUUUUGUUUAUUACUUGCACAUAUCCUGGUUUGUCCUUUGGGUUUCUCUUAAUGUAUGGUCUCCUGCACUUAAUAUAGAUUAAAUUCCAUAGAAAGAGUUCUAGAGGAGUGUUAAUGGAAUGUAAUAAUUACAUGUUUUAAAUUAAUAAUCAUGUAAUGAGUAAAAUGAAAAAUAAAAUAAACCUGUUGUUAAUGUGAAGGUUGUGUUGAUUGAAAGGUAUAAUUUACAUAUAAUGGAAUAUAAUAAUGUUUGAAAUAAUGGUUCCUUGAAUGGUAUAAUUAAUUUACAUGUACAUUUGUAAAUGUAUAAAUGAGUAUGACAUAAAUAUGUUAAUUAAAAUUGGAUUGAAUACUUGA